AUGGGCAAUCCAGYCGAUUAUCCAGAUAUCGAUGCCUAUCAGUUAGCCCAGUAUAACAGCGGCAUUAAACCAUACCUAUUGGAUCCACCGAAACAACUGUACGAUCAAAUACACAAUGAGUUAACCAAAAUAAGACAAUUGAAACCUGACGUCAAUGAUGUUCAUUAUACUUCAACUCAAAAAUUAGGACAAAUAAUCUGUGAUAAUAUUGAUCUAAAAAAACUCAAUGAAAGUUCAUUGGGUCCGCUUAAAAAUAUCGGAGCAAUMGAUUUGAAAAAAGUAUUGAUUGAUUUUAGCCGACCCUAUCAUCCAAUACCGUUGAUGGAUGUGUUGGUUGAUGAUUAUUACGCCAAUAAAACAGAGCCGAUAAACUGUGAAAACAUUUUCUCAUUGGGUGUCCGAUCUGUAAUCGUCAGAAGCCAAUGGGGACAAUAUGAUGACAACAACGACAAUGUUGUCGACUAUUUCUUUGAGUUAGGAAGUGGUCAAUGCUAUGGUCCAGCCGAUUAUCCAGAUAUCGAUGCCUAUCAGUUAGCCCAGUAUAACGGCGGCAGUAAACCAUACCUAUUGGAUCCACCGAAACAACUGUACGAUCAAAUACACAACGAGUUAACCAAAUUAAGACAAUUGAAAUCGGAAAUCAAUGAAAUUCAUUUUACUUCAACGCAAAAAUUAGGACAACUUAUCUGUACUAAUGUUGAUCUAAAAAAACUUAAUGAAAGUUCAUUGGGUCCGCUUAAAAAUAUCGGAGCAAUUGAUUUGAAAAAAGUAUUGAUUGAUUUUAGCCGACCCUAUCAUCCAAUUCCUUUAAUUGAUGUACUGGUAAAUGAUUACAUCGCCAACAAAACAUUACCGGUAAACUGUCAAAACAUUUUAUCAUUGGGUGUCCGAUCUGUAAUCAUCAGAAGCCAGUGGAAUCAAUAUGAAGACAACAACGACAAUGCUAUCAAGUAUUUCUUUGAGUUAGGAAGUGGUCAAUGCUAUGGAUCGACACCUGAAUACUUUAUAGCUGUCGGUGCUGUUAAUGGUGCACAUAAUGCCACCACCGAUGCCAUCAAUAAUAACAGUAACAAUAAUAAUGCUAUUAAUAGUCGAAAUCAAGUCACGACUGCCAUAGACGCCUUGGCUAACAAUAGCAUUGCCAUUACAAACAAUAGGAGUGUCCAAUUCAAAUGUCCGGAACAGUUUGGCUAUUAUGCCGAUGACAAAGAUUGCUCCAAAUAUUAUGUAUGCGUUUUCGGUGAUGCCCUACACGAGACCUGUACGGGUGGUCUGUAUUUUUCACACGACCUGCAAACAUGUGACUGGCCUCGCAAUGUCCAGUGCGCUCAUAAUCUGGUCAAUGGUCGCACUCGGCUCAAUAAAUAUGCCAAUGAUAGUGAAAAUAAUGAGAACAGGGAUGAGGAGGAAGUGGAGACCAAUGAUGAGGACAACUAUAAUGAUGAGGAAGCAGAAGAAGAAGGAGAACUUAAUAGUAAAAGUGAUGAUAAUAUUAAUGAAGACAAUGCCGGUAAUGCUGACGAUGAAGAUUACAUAGUCUCAGACAAUGGCAUAUAUAACGAUAGUUAUAAUUUUAAUAGUGAAGAACAAAAUCCAAACACUUUGAAACAAACAAAUGACACCGAGUUUUAUAUCCGAGCUCUGGAUAUCAGAAGGCGAUCAAAAAAUAAGGCUAAAAAUACCGGCGCUAUUACUAAUGGGAUUAAUGGGAACAGUGGUGGCGGCGGAGGCGGCACUGUUGUGGGUCGUAGUGCUGGUGGACUACGGGAUGGUAGGUUAGCAUUGGACAGUAAUGCCGGAAAAAUUGAUGAUAUUCACGGCAACAAAGUUAAUAUGGACGCCGACCCCCAACAGCCCAGUUAUGACGAAUCUAUAUCUUCUAUGGUUGAUGAAAAAGGAGGCGUACAUAUGCACGACGGCCCGGGAGGUGUCUAUGGCUUACCCGAUCGCAAUCAUAUACAUAGUUAUAGCGGUCAAUUAGAUUAUAAUGAUAAGGAUUCCGGGUUUAUUGAAAAAAUAGUGGCCGAAAAGCGACCAGUAGUCCGAGUGACACGAAUCCGCAAACGUUUGAGACCUGAAUCGGUGGCCACUGAUCAGCAAACUAUUGGCGGUAAUGAUGUCUAUCGUAUUAACAAUAAGGAGCCAAACUUCGGUAGCUCUAAGUAUAAAAACAAAAGUUUACGAAAUCAAUAUAUACCGGUACUUAUGAUGGAUAAGGAGAGCGAAGAAAAUACAAACGAUGACAGCAGUCGUGAGGACAGUCGUGAAGAAAAGGUUAGACGGUAUAGAAGUGGAGGUGAUUAUGACCGAAGUGACGACACAACACCAGUGCCACAACAUUAUCAAAAUCAGAAACGUCAACAACAGCAGCAUUUUAGAGAACAAUCGUCUCGUAUUAGACCUACCGAUGCUAUCGAUUUGACCAGAGAUGGCAAUAAUAAUAGCAAAAAGAUUGAAAUUCGCGGAUUUGUGGCCACACGUAACGAGGCCGGGGAUAUCAUAGCCAUGCCUUUAGUAAAAAAUGUGGAUUCCGUGGCCAACAAUAAUCGCCGCAAAMGAGUUCGUGUUGUCCAACGAAUGAUUGCCCGAAAACACGAAGAUAUCGGCGAUGAGCUGUCACUUGCGCUGACCGAUGAUUUGCUGAAGAUUGUUGGCAGUCGAGGAAUGCAGUCAAAGAACAGUCAAAAUAGACAAACUCAGACACAACAACAACCAUUGCCUAGAAUUUUACUACCGGAGCAAAACCAGCCGUACAUUUCAUAUUAUGGUCCAUCCAUGUCAUACCUACGAAAAGUACAGAUAUUGCCGCCAACAGGUCCGGUGCAUACAGUCAAACCUAAUAUGGAACUGUUAGCUGUGUUUAGGCCUAAUAAAGUACAGACAGGCAGCAGUAGUAGUAGUAGUAUUAGCAGAUCAUCACCGUCUAGAUCGAGGCCUAAACUAACUGAGUAUGUAUUGGUCAGGGAUGACAAUCACAAUAAUAAUAAUAUAAACACUUUCGAGAAACGAGUAUCUCUUCAGUAUAAUCAAAAUGGUAACCAAAAUAAUAGGACAUCCGUUAGAGUUAAGCCCAAACAGACAUCAAAAAGAGUUAAUAACACCAACAAUAACAACAAUAAGAAGAAGUCUAACAAUGGAAGUAAUAGUAGAAGACAUAAUCGGCCUAAAAAUGAUAGCAAAAACUUCAAUACAAGAAUCAAUAUCCGACCACAAAAUGUCGAGACAACUACACAGCCAUUUGUCGAGACACUAGUAAUCAAUCAUAACGGAGCUAACAGUGGUUAUCAUUAUAAGGAUCAGUUACGUCAAGGACCAGAUUCAUCUGUUAGGUUUAAUUUGGGUCACAAUGGUAAACGAUUGGGUGAUGGUAGCUCUGAUCGGACAGUUAAUACAAAUAGACAUUCACCCGUAUCGGUAGCUAAAACAACAACUGCUAGACCACAACGCGAACAUUUAACUAUUGCUACUAAACCACCUAUCAAUGGUUACGAUUAUUAUGAUUACAUAGAUCCCGGUGCCAACAAUAGCGGUCUAUAUUAUCAUUCAACUGUUGAUGAGUCGCUGAUUCCUACGACUACAGUAUCGGCACCGGUUGAACGCAAACGUACCAAACAAAACAAACAAAGUCGACCGAAAAAAGGAUCGCCAGCAUUAGCUUCCCGUCCGGCACCGGUAUAUCAAACACCUGAACUAUUGUCACCGGCAGCAAAAUGCACGCAAUCCAAGUGUAAACUACCCGACUGUUUCUGCGGUGGCGCAGCCGUACCGUUAGGUAUGUCUGCCACAGACAUACCUCAGAUGGUAAUGAUUACGUUUGAUGAUUCUGUUAAUGAUCUCAAUUGGGAGAUCUAUGAGGAAGUAUUCGGCGAUCGAUACAAUCCAAACGGUUGUCCCAUUUUAGGUACUUUCUAUGCGUCGCACGAAUGGACUGAUUACGGACAGGUACAGACAUUGUACUCCAGAGGACAUGAAAUGGCAUCGCAUUCAGUAACUCAUAGUUUUGGCGAAAAGUUUUCGGUACAGAAAUGGGGUAAAGAAAUCAGUGGUCAGCGAGAGAUCUUGCAUAUGUAUGGUGGGGUCAAUUUGGCUGAUGUAAGGGGUAUGCGCGCCCCCUUUCUACAGGGAGGCGGCAAUAGACAGUUUGAAAUGCUCUAUGAUCUUAACUUUACGUACGACUCAACAAUGCCGGUGUUUGAAAACUCGCCCCCAUUCUGGCCGUACACAUUGGACUAUGCCGUCAAUCAUGAGUGUAUGAUAGCUCCCUGUCCUACCAAAUCGUUUCCGGGUGUCUGGGAGGUUGGUAUGGUUAUGUGGCACGACCUAAAAGGUGGCCGGUGUUCAAUGGCCGACGCUUGUUCCAACCCGAGCGACGAGGAUGGCGUCCAAAAGAUGUUAAUGAAAAACUUUAACCGCCACUACCUGUCCAAUCGGGCCCCGUUUGGUCUAUACUAUCACAGCGCUUGGUUUAAUACACCGCAUCAUCGRAAAGGGUUUAUGGCUUUCAUCGACGAGUUGAUCACUAAAAAGGAUGUCUACUUUGUKACCAACUAUCAGAUGAUUCAGUGGAUUAGAAAUCCGCAACCAUUGUCCCGAAUAGAUAAUUUCGACCCCUGGAAGUGUGACUUCGAGGACAGGGUUGGUCCAUGUAAUCAUCCAACCGUUUGUAAUGUCGGUUCAAAAAAUGGGGCUCGUUUUUUGAAAACAUGUCAGCCCUGUCCUAAAUCUUAUCCAUGGGUUGGCAACACUGGCUAUAAGCCGCUGAAUGUAACACAAUAGA